AUGGUUCCUCAAGGAUCUGCUUCUGUUGCAAUUGCGUCAAGGAAAGAAAAGACGAGCCUUUCGUGAGGCGCAUUCAUCAAUUCGUAGUUGCAUAGCUGGUCGAUACGGUGGAUUCAAUUUGUCUGUUGAUUGUGGUUGAGUAUCCGGUAAUUCGCAAAAAUGCAAUACCUUUUCUUUUUUAAAACCGAAAAAUACAGGAGUGUACAAGACCUGGUAUGCUUAAAAUAAGAUAAAUCUAACAGAACAUAGAUGGAGAUUAGGAAGGAUUGUCGCCUGGUCACGCUAUAAAUAACAGCCAGUCCGAUCUCACGAGAACAUCCCCCGAUGGAUACGCGAUAAAUUCCCUGCUCCAUUUUCAACUCCUCUUCUCUCUCCCUCCCCACAAUCCGCGUCUCCGUUUAUCGAGCUUACCCACAAAUCUCUUCCAGGGCCAGGGAGGGAGGGAGAGGGAGCCAGGGAGGGAGACCUCCUCGGAUCAGGACGAGUAGGAUUCGAACUUGUCAGCUCAUCACAGUCAUGGUUCUUGAUUCAUUAUCAUCUCCUCACAGGAGGUCGCAAAACACAUUCUUUCUGUCAUCUCCUAAGAAGCCUCAAUCAUCUCGCGAUGAGGGUAGUUGGUCUGCAUUGGUUGAGCGGCAUCGUUUUCUCUUGACAACACUAGUGGUGCUUGCCUUCCUGUGCACCAUAUAUCUGUAUUUCGCAGUAACCUUGGGGACACCAAAAGCUUGCUCAGGAUUGACGGGCGAUGAAAUGGCUUUAUGCCAGCAAAAAUCUGCCUUGCAACAUGGAAAGUUGAAAUAUCUCUAACAGAUGAUAUCAGUUGUUGAAGAUCAAAUUAUUGAUGCGUACAAUAUGCUUGUGGUCAACCAUAUCUUAUUCUUCAUACCUUGAAUCUGUAUGUUUUUGGUGGUGGAUACUGAAAGGGCUUUGUAUUGGUACUGGUGUACAUUCUAACUGUUUAUGAUCCAAAAUGGUGCAACGGAGUAAGUAGGUCACCAUUUUAUUACUGUCAUGGUGUGCUUUAAAACAUCAUGGCUAAUUCAUCCAGGAGAUUUUGAUACCCCUCUGGGGGCUUGUCGGUCAUUGGGAAA